UUAUCGCUGCAUCUUCAUCCUUGUUGCGCUUUGGUAGCUUCCCUAGAAUGUUACAAGUCAAGUUUAAUGCAUCAAACAUGCAUACACGAGCAACACAACAAAGCCCAUAUUUUUAAGAAACGUGCAGCGACAGAUCAGUGGUUGAUUAACGCUACUACCACCUAUUGCAACGAAUUCACGAUUGUGAUUCCGCGAAAAUUAAACCGUUUCCUGGUAUACCUAGCCGUAACAUGGAAGUGCGACGCAUUCCCAACGAAGCCAGCUUUUUAGUGCAUUCAUUCAAGAAAUCGAAUAUCGUGACCUGUGCCCUGGAUAGGAAAAAGUCACUUUCGACCCCGAUCAUACCAUCACAAAACGAAAACUUUUUGUGUGUUCCAAAACUGGGUCAUCAUGGAUUGCGACAGAAGCUUCCGGAGAUGGGACUUGAUUUAUCUUUCGACGAUAUCGCGAUCCAUACGGAAGUGCAACGUGCAACGACAUACCAAACUAUUACAAAAAGUGUAUCUCAAUCCACGCUAACGAUUCCAGAAAACUACAGUUUCACCUCAGUGCAAAUUCAAGUUUACAAACGUCGAUGGUUCCUACUAGUUUUAUGCGUUCUCAGCAUAGCGAUAUCAUACGUCCAAUGGAUACAAUACAGCAUAGUGGCAAAUAUAAUGGCGAAAUACUACAACAUUUCACCGGCGUGGAUCGACUGGACAUCAAUGAUCUUCAUGGUGAUCUACAUACUGGCCGUGUUUCCUGUGUCAUACAUUAUGGAUGUUAAAAAUAUGCGCCAGUCAGCAGUAAUUGGAGCAGUUGGUACAGCACUAGGAGCGUGGAUCAAAGUAUUUUCGGCAGACCCAUCGCAGUUUAAAAUAGUCAUCGUAGGACAAAUUAUUUCAGCCAUUGCACAGGUCUUUUUACUUAGCAUCCCAUCGCGCUUGUCGGCUACCUGGUUUUCCCCACAAGAAGCUUCUUCCGUCUGUGCUUUCGGAGUUUUUGGCGCCCAACUAGGCAUCGCAAUUGGAUUUUUUCUCACCCCUAUGAUAAUCGUUAAUCACGACGACUUUGGCGCUAUAGGUGUUGAUCUGCAAGUGUUUCUUAUGGGAGUGGCUGGCGUUUCUACCAUGAUUGCCUGUAUGGUAAUAGCAGUAUUCAAAUCCGAACCACCAUUUGCACCGAGCCACGUGCAGGCCCUGCAAAGAACAAUGAAACCCCGAAGGAAGGACUAUUGGCCAUCGGUGGCACGAUUGUUGAAGGACGAUAAUUACCUGAUACUGGUAAUCGCUUAUGGCAUCAACGUAGGCUUAUUCAACGCAUUCUCGACGCUGCUCAACCAAAUCGUGCUGAACUACUUUCCCGAUAGUGCGUCUGAUGCGGGGCGCAUUGGUUUGGCGCUAAUCGUGCUAGGACUGAUCGGUUCUAUGGUGUUCGGUUACUUACUUGACACCAGCCAUAAGUAUAAAGCAACUGCUGUAUGGGUCUGUCGGCUUUCGGCAGUAACACUGGUGAUAUUCGCACUAGCUUUAGAAAGUCGUUCUAAAAAGUUGUUAGCAGUAGCUUCCGUAUUUCUCGGUUUUUUCAUGACAGGCUUCCAGCCAAUCGGAUACGAGUUUGCCGCUGAGCUAACGUUUCCUGAACCUGAUGGACCAGUGAUGGGAAUAUUGAACAUUUCUACACAGAUUUUUGGCAUUGUUAUCACAUUGAUGAUAUCCGGUAUCCAAAACAUUUUGGGAGAUUUUGUGGGAAAUAUUGUUUUUGCAGCAUUUCUUAUACUAGACGGAAAUAUCAUCAGUUUGAUUCGGUCAGAUUUGCGCCGCUUCAAUACUCAUUUAGAAAUAGAGAGCGAAGCUGCAAGAGAAUUCGCAGAAGAUGCUAGCGUUCGCUACGGGGACAUCGAAAACUAUGAAGAUGCCGGAUUGAAGCUGAAGAUAGACACCGAUAGUUAAUUAGAACAUAAAAACGCUGUAGCUGUACUGUUUUUCUAUAAGUUUACAUAAAUAAGCAUAAUGAUUUAAAUCGGUUGUAUUGUUGGAAGCUGGAAAUAUAAACAAAAAACGCAAUAUUUGUGAUGUGUAAUAAAGUUAAGUAGCCCUAGUACCGUCGCAGUACCACCAUAAACCAGUUUUGCAUGUUCUGUUUUGGGCGAUUAACUACUUUUACAAAUAUGAACUUUAACAGGGUGGUGUGUUUGCAUGGUGGUUCGUAUGAAGCGUCUGAUACUAUGACAGCGUUUGUCAGCGUUAAACGUCUUAUGCCAAAAUGCAAUAUUUCUAUCAAAGUGUCCUGAAAUAAGAAAUAAGAAGAAAAUUUCUUGUGGUUUGCAUUGCACAGCAUCUGCGUUUCUCAGUUUUCAGUCAGAAACAUAGAAAAUGCUGCCUGUACGUUCGGUUGCCAA